CAUGCAACACGCUCGAGGCCUCGUAUUUUCGUGCACUUAAUUGCAGAUAUAUAAACACACAGAACAGACAUUCGUCAAUCUGAAUGACGCCUUCGCCAUUUUGCUUUAGCCUAUCAACUGUAGAUAUAAAUCAGGACAACACAAAGGCACAAGAGUGUACUAACAAACUUUUGUCACUUAGCCACGGCAUGGACGUUGUCAACUCGCGCAAACAAUUUGGCGGUUAACGUUAGAAGGAAGUUGCCGUGUUGUUAAACACAAGUAUACAGUUUUCAGCGUGUUUAUGAGCCUGUCGCAUCUAGGCCAAGCGUAAAAACUAUUGGUAUGGUGUUUUCGGGUUAUUAUUAAUAGCUUGCAAACUGUUCAGUAAGUCGUUGAGUCGUAUUUGUCGUAUGAUCCCGAAGCGCCUGCUGCUCUAUUAUGCGAGAUGUCUAAAUUACAGAAAACAAACGGUAAAUACUUAUGGUGGUGUCUUCUGUGCCUUGAAUUCAGACCGGAUACAGUUACUAAAAACAUCAAACAUCUGAAUCUAGGAAUAAACAUGUUUGAUAAGCCAAACAAAGAGGCAUUCUACAUUGUCAUCCACUUUUUAUUUAAUAAACUGAAUCCAACUCGUGCCCAAGAUGUCUUCAGACAUUGCUGGCCAAUUUGGGAUCAUAAAGGUGAUGCUGAGUUUCGUAAGGUGGCUUUUGCGUGGCUCCAAGAGAUAGCGAACGAAGAAGGUAAUGCUUUUCCUAAGGUGGCUGCAUCACAUUUACUCUCUGCCUUCGGACCAAGAUUUAUCAAUUUAAUGCUCCAUUUAUCUAAACACGUCAUGCUGAAAACACUGAAGACAUUUUCCUCAGAUGACACUUGGGUCCCUGAGGCUGCUGCAGUGCCAGCGAGUUCAAAGGAGCUGGAGAUUAAAAGAUUUCACCUGGUGAAAAGACAAUUCCAGAGAGUGACUCUAGAGCAGGACUUUCUCAUUCAAGACUACCAAAAAAGAGCUAAAGGUUUGGAGGGGUCUUUGAGGGACCUUGAUGCAGAGGAUGCCAAAUAUGAUCACUUGCUUAGAGAACAUGACAGUAACACAGAUUUGAAGGAAGACAUUCUUGCAAAAAACCGAAAGGUGCGAGGCCUUUGGACUGAGACAGACAAAGUUUUAUCCACACUUGAAGUGGAUCGAAAAGUGGUGGAGAGUGUGAUCCAUAGACAGGUAGACCAGUACAUCUUGGGCGGACAGGACUUGAGCGUGAAGAUACCUGCGGUUCUGCAUGAGAGGAUGGAGCGGCUAUCCCACCAGUCCAGUGUUGGUAGCUUGUAUGAGGGAGGGCAGCCUGUCCUUGUCCGUUUGCUGGAGCUUCUAAAUGAGGGAUUACACAUCCUAAGUGAGGAGAGAGAGAAAUUUGUUGGUCCCAGUGUACAGCUUCAACACCAAGACCUCCAAGAGCAUGCCUUGCUCUUUAGUCGCUCAAAAGAAAACCUCAAGCUUAUAAGGCGAAAACUAGUCAAAGAGAAUGCGGUAGAGAUGAAGGUCUCUGUUAGGAGGCUGGAGGAGGACUGGGAGAAUAAGUGGGCAGAGUAUUUGAAACAAACACCUGUAAUCUCUUAUCCUAAAGAGGAUCCUGUUUUUGACUUUGUCUCCCCAAUGGCUCCUCUCUCAUUUGAGCCAGCUUCUAAGGCUAGCUUUGAGGCUAGUAUCAUCUUACAAUAUCCAUAUAAACUACCUGAACUGCUAGAGCAGCCUUCGCAAAGAAAAGCAGAGAUGAAGGCAGACAUCCAUUUGGAACCAGUAGUCCACCUGGAGCCAGAAACGAAAACCAUUUUGGAGGCAGAUGAUUAUAAGGGGUUCUUGCUGUCCUCUGACAGCUACUUUUCUCCAAAACCAGUGACUUGUGACCCACCUCCAUGUGAAACUCCCUUGAUGUACCCAGUUAAAAUGAAGUCUGUGACUCAUACACCCAGUCCAGUACAGGCUUCCCACAGUAGAAAUUUGCACUCAAAAACAAAGGCCUCUGUCCUUAAGAACAAGACUGAAAUUCUACAUUUGGAGUGUGACAACUUAGCAAAUCAAUUUGCAGAGGCAGUGAUCAUGAGUCCAGUCAAUGGAAAGAAUGAUGUGGACCUGGGACAGUUAUUAGGUGUCAUAUCUGAUCCCUUUUCAGCAAGGAAACAGCUGUGCCGCACCCCUGAGAGUCUAAUUAAGGAUGUGAGAAGUUCGUGGAGAAAAGCCGUGGAGGAAGGCAUGGCUGAGAAGAAACAAGCUACUUGGAAUCGGCAAGACAGCCUUUCUUGGCUCAAGACGCCCAUGGCUGAGGUGAACAGCCCUUGCACCAGACCAAGUCCAGAGCCUUCCCUUUUAUUAUCAGCUACUCUGGCCCAUUGCACUCCUCCUCCUGUCCAACAGGGGUCAUCCCUCCACUCAACUUUGUCAUGGGACUCCUCACAACUGGAGGCUUUUAACAGCCAAAGGUCAAGUGAUGUUAUUAAAUUCAGCAUUGCUCAGGAAGAGCUCCCAGACCUUUUUGAGGAUGACUUGUCAUUUAACAGUGAUGGCUCAGCAGAGAUCCAUAGUAACAAAGAGCGAGGGGAAGAACUUAUGCUGUCACCUGCUGAAUCAUAUCCUCUUAAAGGAGAAACUUCCUCACUGACAGCACAGGUGUGCUUUGAGGCCUCUUCAGAUAAAUCUCCUUUCAACGACUCCAGUAUUAAAAAGUCCCCAGUACAUUCAAGGAAGAGUCAAGGUUUGAGCCAGUGGACUGCUGAUGAGAGGCUUUUCUCUCUUGAUUUGGACAAACUUGAGAGUUUUUCCCCUCCUCCUCCUGCAGACAAACUCACUCUGCCCAGUUUGGUGAAUUUGACUCUUGAUGAAUACUAACAUGACUUAAACUUUUUUUUUUUUUUUUUUUUACAUACUAGUAUGAUGCAAAAUGUGUUUGCCAAAUGAAUUUAACUUGCAGCAUGAUGUGCUUUUGGUCAGCCUAAUCAGAAUGUUAAACAAUUUUAAUGCCACUCAUUUUGUCUGAACCAUGUGAAUUCUUAUGACAUCUAUACUAAACUUUUGUAUGUACAAACUAAUUGUUAGGGGUAAAUACUGGCCAGAAAUGUUGUUUGUGUUCAUGUUUUGUAAUAAAGAGUAUUUUUUUUUUAUUUGCAAACCCUCAUUUUUCUUUUGACUACUUUU